AGCUAUCCGCUGCAGCCCCCGGACUCCAUACUCACUCUCUCGUAGGCUGUGUGUGCCCCCUCUCUCUCUCCUGAGUGGUGCUCUCUGCCUCUCUUUGGGUGAUUCUAUCUCUCUCUCUCUCUCUCUCUCUCUCUCUCUCUCUCUCUCUCUCUUCUCUCCGUCUUGGAAGUCUAGAAGUAUAAGUUAAUUUUAUUUUGUUGUUUGAAAACUCCUAACCUCCAGCCACCAUGGAAGCCAUCAAGAAGAAGAUGCAGAUGCUGAAGGUGGACAAGGAGAAUGCCAUCGACAGGGCAGAACAGGCAGAGUCCGACAAGAAGGCAGCGGAGGACAAGAGCAAACAGCUGGAGGAUGAGCUCGUCAGCCUGCAGAAGAAGCUCAAAAGCGCGGAAGACGAGCUGGACAAAUACUCAGAGUCGCUGAAGGACGCUCAGGAGAAACUGGAACUGUCCGAGAAGAAAGCCGCGGAUGCUGAGGGAGAUGUAGCUGGACUGAACCGUCGUAUCCAGCUGGUGGAGGAGGAGCUGGACCGAGCCCAGGAGCGCCUGGCCACUGCCCUGCAGAAACUGGAGGAGGCUGAGAAGUCAGCGGACGAGAGUGAGCGAGGGAUGAAGGUGAUUGAGAACAGAGCCAUGAAGGACGAGGAGAAGAUGGAGAUGCAGGAGAUGCAGCUGAAGGAAGCCAAGCACAUCGCUGAGGAGGCUGACCGCAAAUACGAGGAGGUUGCACGGAAACUGGUUAUUCUGGAGGGUGAGCUGGAGCGAGCCGAGGAGAGAGCAGAGAUCUCGGAACUGAAGUGCAGUGAAUUGGAAGAAGAAUUGAAAAACGUCACCAAUAACCUGAAGUCUCUGGAAGCCCAGUCUGAGAAGUACUCUGAAAAGGAGGACAAAUAUGAAGAGGAAAUCAAGGUUCUCAGCGACAAGCUGAAAGAGGCUGAAACCCGGGCUGAGUUUGCUGAAAGGACCGUCGCCAAAUUGGAAAAGACCAUCGAUGAUCUGGAAGAAAAACUGUCAAGUGCCAAAGAGGAGAACUUGGGAAUGCAUCAAGUUCUGGAUCAAACUCUGCAAGAACUCAACAGCUUAUAAACCCCGAAAUAAAAUGAAACGGCCGCAAAACCAACCAGAAACGGGAAGAAAAACAAGCAAGCGACAUUCCAUGGAUUUUCAGUUUCAUUCCACGUUUCAGGCUGAAAUCUCAAAUUUCCAGAAAAGAAAGAAUGCAUAAGCAAGUGAACUUAUGCUAUGCCUUUACCUGCAGUGUAAAAAACACAUCUCUCUCUCUCUCUCUCUCUCUCUCUCUCUCUCUCUCUCUCUGUCUCUCUCUCUCUCUCACUCAAAUCCCCCCCUCACUGAUGUUUACAGGUCCCCCCCAGUAGAUCUUGUGUUUCCAAUCUGUAGAUUACAGGGACCUGCAUUAACAAUGU